ACAUCUUCACACCCGAAACGCUCGAAGGAGAAGUUCUUGCUCCUUUAGCGAGAAGCUCUUUGGAACCAAACAAAUGUCUGGAAAACAACAUCUUGAUGGCGGCCUUUGAGAUCUGAACGUUGCUGGACACUCAAGGAGAUAUUUGACUUUUUUUAGAGGAAAGAUGGGAUGCACCUGCAGCUCGGACUCUGACAGCGACUGGAUCGAGAACUUGGAUGAAGUCUGCGAACACUGCAACUGUCCCAUCCCCCCACAGUCCAGUAAUCCAUACACAGAUCAGCUCAUUCCAUAUGGAUCACAGUAUUCACCUCCAACAUCACCUUUACCAGAUAACAUUGGCGUGGCCAUUUACAGCUAUGAGCCUAAACAUGAYGAUGACUUGGGCUUUGACAAAGGAGACAAACUCAAGAUCAUCAACAAGGAUGAUCCAGAGUGGUACAUGGCCGAGUCCCUGACCACCGGUCAGCGGGGCUACAUCCCAUACAACUUCAUUGCGAUGACCACCAUAGAGACAGAACCGUGGUUCUUCACCAACAUUUCUAGAAACGAUGCCAUGAGGCUCCUGCUCGCGCCGGGGAACACGCAGGGUUCCUUCCUGAUUCGAGAGAGCGAGACAUCCAAAGGGUCGUACUCGUUAUCGAUCAGGGAUUUGGACCCCAACACAGGCGAAGGGGUCAAGCACUACAGGAUCCGCAACCUGGACAACGGCGGCUUCUACAUCACGACCAAGAUCUCCUUUAACUCACUGAAGGAGCUCGUCCAGCAUUACUCACGUGAAUCGGAUGGGUUGUGCACAUUCCUGGUGAAGCCGUGCCAGUCCAGGGCGCCACAGAAACCCUGGUGGCAGGACGAGUGGGAGAUUCCCMGAGAGUCCCUGAAACUGGAGCGCCGGCUUGGAGCUGGCCAGUUUGGAGAAGUCUGGAUGGGUCUCUACAACAACGACAGAAAGGUGGCGAUUAAGAAUCUAAAGAUGGGCACGAUGACAGUGGAAGCCUUCCUGGCAGAAGCCAACAUGAUGAAGAACCUGCUGCAUCGUCACCUCGUCCGCCUCUUCGCCGUCGUCACUCAGGAGCCMAUCUAUAUCAUCACAGAGUACAUGGAAAACGGCAGCCUGGUGGACUACCUGAAAACCCAGGAGGGAAGCAAUUUGCCCAUGAACACCCUGAUAGACAUGUCAGCUCAGGUGGCCGACGGCAUGGCGUUUAUUGAGAGGAAAAAUUACAUCCAUCGAGACCUGCGGGCGGCAAAUAUUCUAGUUUCUCAUGAGCUCAUUUGUAAGAUCGCAGAUUUUGGCCUCGCGAGGCUCAUAGAGAACAACGAAUACACGGCCAGAGAAGGUGCAAAGUUCCCGAUUAAAUGGACCGCACCAGAAGCAAUAAACUAUGGCACUUUCUCCAUAAAAUCUGAUGUGUGGUCAUUUGGGAUUCUCCUCACAGAAAUAGUAACGUAUGGACGUAUUCCUUACCCAGGUAUGUCAAACCCAGAGGUAAUCCAGAACCUGGAGCAGGGCUACAGGAUGCCCAAACCAGAAGACUGCCCCGAUGAGCUUUAUAACAUCAUGCAUGAAUGCUGGAGGGAGAAACCUGCGGACAGACCCACGUUUGAGCACCUGAAGAAUGUGCUGGAGGAUUACUUCACCGCCACAGAGAGGCAGUACCAGGAGUAGAUGUAGAAGUGGACCAAAGAGAGACUUACGUYAAAUCAAACUAGUGGAUGCUGGGUUUUUGAAAGUGAAACGAUCAAAAUUUGAGUACCUAUUUGUUUGUGUUUUGCAUCAAACUAUUUCUGAUCAAUCUCUGGUGGAAACAUGGACCGGGAACAGCUGGAUCAACCGCAGCAGCAGAGAAGAACGUGRUCAUCAAACUAGUGACGUAGUGGUGUAGCUGAACAAACAGCUGCUCUGCUGGUGAUUUUUUAAAAUGUAAAUAUCUGCUUCAUUUGUGUUUUACUUCUGCAGCUUAAUGCCUGUUGUAGUAAAGAGCUUUUCUUGGAUGUUGUGUGUUAUUGUACUUCCAUAAAAAUGAACCACAGAARAUGUUGUUCAUGUUUUAUAUAUAAAAUAAAUAUAAUUCAUUUUGACUGU